AUGCUCAAAUUAUUUGAACCUUAUUAUAAAGGAUUGAUAUUCCUACUCUCAUAAUUUUUAUAAUUUGAAUUUGCUUAACCUUAGAUAUUUUAACUAGUCCUCAUAAUUUUAAAUUAGGUAUAGCCUAUUGCUUUUAACUUUUAUCCUCUAUAUAACUCAGAAAAGUAAUUUGAACCUACACUUUAAUCACUUCUUAUUUCAUCAAGACCUUAUUUAUUCAUAGUAAGUGAACAGUCAAAAACUAUUAUUGUCUGUUUCUGCUUUGCAUUUCAAUAGAUAGUAAUAACAUUUACAAUUUACCUAAUUAUCAAAUAACUAAAUCAAAAAUUUCAUGAAAUACAAGUUUCUAAUUUAAUCCUUUAAUAUAUUUGUAAUUAUUAUUACUUGGUUUCAUCUACAUUAUAUUGCUGGCUAUUAGAAAUAUGUAUGAUGAACAUAACAAAAUUAUAUGGUAUCAUUUUUGGAACAAUAAUGAUAAUCGAAAUUGUAACUAUUACAAUAAUUUCAGAUAUUGUAUAUGAGAGUGGAUUAAUUUUAAGAGUUUCUACAUAAUUACCUUUAAAUAAUAAUAAUGUAAAAUAUUUCAUAAAACCAUUAAGAAUAUUUCAAAUAUUUAUAUUUUUCUUUUUAACUAAUUAAAAAUUGUGCUUACUUUUACAUAAUAUUUUAAAUAUAGCCAUAUAAUCUCUACAUAUUUACUAAAUUUUAGAAUUAAAGAUAUAUACAAAAGAGAAAUGUGCAUUAACUUCUCUUGUUAUUGCAUCUAUUGGAAUUAUAAUAGCAAUAGAAUCUCUUAUAAUGUAAAGUAGAAUAAAUUAUAAUUUAUGGUUAUUGAUAUCUCUUAUUAUGAUAUAUUUACUAUAAUUUAUGUAUAAAAGAUAAUGUUUAUCAUUAUAAACAGUAGAUGUAAGAAAAUUAAAGUUUCUUUUCUCAUAUAUUGAAAAUCUUAAUGGAAAUAAUUAAAAAAAUAAAUUAUAAAUGACAUUAAUAAUUUUUGAACACUAAUAGAAUUGUUUAAAGAAUGAAUGUAUUUGCAAAAAAGAUAUAAAUAUAAAAUAAAAAAUACUAUAACUUAUUGAAAUGAAAUUUGAAUUAUUCUUAGAAUAGAGAACAAAAAAGCUUGAAUAAUUGACACUUGAUUUAGCUCAAAUAUUAUUUAGAAGAAGACAAUUUGUAAAGGCAUAAUAAGUUAUUUUUAGAGUGUUUUAAUCUAAAGAUAAUUAUUAAAGUAAAUACAAUUAAUUUAAUAUAUCUAUAACUACUCUUUGUCUUUUAGAUUUUUUAAAAUAUUAAAUUGAGAAUGAUGUUCUAAUUUAAAUGAUGGAAAGAAUGAUUCUUACUAAUCCAAAUAAUAAAUUAAUUGCAGAUUCUUUAAAAUAAUUUUCUAUUAAUGAAAAUAGUGAUCAAUAUAUAUAGAUGAAAUUAAAAAAGACAAUUUUAGAUAAAAGUUUAUUUUAUUACAAUUUCAUUGAGCAUUCAAACAAAUUAUAAGGAGAUAUAAAUUAUCCAAUCAAAAUUAUUAAAUAAUUAUAAUAAUUUAGAAUAGAAUUGACUGAGAGAUAUUAAUAAUUUCCAAGUAUAUAUUUAUUGUUUUAUUUAGCUUCUAGCAAUUAAAAUGUAUUAAAGUUUUAUUUAUUAGAAGUGUUAAAUGACUAUAUUGAAGCUUUUGAUUUAAAUAAAAAUAAAGCACUUAAUGAUGAAAAAUAUUAAUUAUUUCAUGAUUCUGUUUAUAAUAAAUUAUUUGGAUAGAAUCCAUCAUAUAUAGUUGCUGAAAUCAAUAAAGAACUUGAUGUGAUAAUUGUUAGAUAAUCAAAAAAAGCUAUGAUCAAAUUCUAAUCAAUUUAUGGAUAAAAGAGAAAAGAUUCACUUGAACUUAGUGUUAAUGAUAUCAUACCAGAAUAUGUUUUAAAAUAACAUAGAACACUUAUUGAGUAAUUCUUUGAUGAAGGAACUAAUAAAUAUUAUUAAUAAUAGAAUCUUUCAUUUCUAAAAUUGCAAGAUAAAAUAAUGCUACCAAUAGAAAUGAUGAUUGGAUUAAAUCAAAGCAGUUCUUAAGCAUUUUCAUUUCUUAUAUUUUUUUAUGAAUAAAUGGAUUAUAGAUCAUAUUUAGUAAUUAAUUAAUCCUUUGAUAUAAUUAAUUGCAGUGAUAAUAUUAGUAAUUAAAUUUUAGGGAAUAAUUAAUAUUCAACAGGAUUCAUUUCUACAAAAAGUCUUGGAACUAUAUUUAAUAUCAUUCCUGAAUUUGAUUCUAUGAUCUAAUCUAAUGUAAAGAAUUUCUUUAACCAUAAUAUACGACUCUUAACUUCAAAUGCCAAAUAAGCAGGUUAAAGAUACUUAGAUUAUGUUUGUAAUAUUAUAAUUGAAAAGAAAUUUAAAAAUGAAAAUAUGUGUUAUAUGAUUACUUUAGAUAACAUUAGAGCAAACAACAAUAGAAAUUAUAUAGAUUCUAGAUUAGAUACUAGUAUAUUUUAGAGACAAUAAACAAAUGACUAAAAUAUAAUUUAAAAAUUAGAGAGAAUGAAAGAAGAAAUAGAUGAGGAUAUUGAUAAAGCCUUCCCUUAUUAAGAUAUUUAUGAUAUAUCUUUAAUCAAAAAAGUUAAUCCUCUAAAUUAAAGUGAAACCCAACAUGUAGAGUCCAAACUAUAUAUGACUGAUCUAUUAGUUGAUUAAGAAUAAACUAAUCCUAUGUAAUAAUAAUUUAAGCCUAAUCAAAAAUUGUUUAGUCCUAAAGAAUCUAUGAAUGAGGAAUUUAUAAAUAAGAAAAAUUUUACAUUUUAGAAUGAGAUUAGAGAUUUUGCAUCUGGUUCUUCUAUAACAAUGAUAAAAAAGUCAAAAUUUUACAAAAAAUUUGAAAUUAUUUAUUCACUUUGUAAAUCUUUGAAAAGUUCAUCAAAAUUAAUAAAAGCCAAUUAUAACUUUAUACUCUUUAUAUUAUUAGUUUAAGUUUAUGUAAUAAUUGUAAGUAUUUUUAUAUUUAAUAUAGAACCUAUCCUUGAUAUCUAAUAUACGUAGUUUUAUAAAUGAUAUGAAAUUGCUUUCAGUAAGAUAUGAUGUAACUGGCCCUUUAGAGUCCUUUUCAGUCUCAAGAUUUACUUAAAUAAAUUAUAGAGAAAUGCUUGGUAGGAAAGUGAUUAACUCUUCCUAUGCUGCCUAGUUAUAAAUAUUUCCUAGAAAUAAUUUAAUAUUGUCAUUUGAUAAAAUGAAAAAAAGUAUGGGAGAUGUACUUUUAAGAAGUGAAAUUGAUUAGAUUUCAAAUAUUACUUAUUUACCUAUAAUGUUAUAUGUGAAUACUAAUAAUACUGGACAGGAAUAUAAUGUAAGCAAAAGAUCAGUUAUAAUAAUAACUUUGAAUUAUUAAUAUGAAUUCAAAUUGCGCUUAGAUGGUGCUGGAGGUAGCUUUGACAAUCCUUAUUAUUAUUUUACUUAUAAAGAUUAUCAAAUAGUAAAAUCUAUGUUUGAUAAUUUGAAUGUUGUUAUUUUAGAUAUUACACUUGAAAGAUCAAAUUAAGAAAAGUAAAAAUGGAUGUUUGGAUAUUUUCCAUUUUUGGUAUUGAACUUUAUGAUAACUUUGAUAAUUAUUUUACAAUAAAUUAGACAUAAUAAUGAAAAAAAUGCUAUUAUGAAAUAUAUUUCUUCAAUUGAUUUAAAUGUUCUUGAGUAAGAAAAAUUAAGAUUAUCUUAUUUAUAAUAAAUAGUAAUUUAAGAUAUGGAUAUAGUAAAAGGAUUUUCAAUAGAUAUUGAUUCAAUUGAUAAUUAAUUAGAUAAAUCAAAUAUCAAAUAAAAAUCAUUUUUUUCAAAAAAAUCAAAUACUAAACUUAUUAAUAAUAAACCAAUAUUAGGACUUACUCUUAGUAUUGGACAUUUUCUAAUGUUUGCUGCAUUUAGCAUUUAUUUAUUUUUAACUUUCAGAUUAUAUUUCAUAAAAUAUGAAAAGACAGCAGUUUUUUAUUAAUAAUUAUCAGAUUUAGGAGUUGAUAUACCAGCUGUGUAUGCUCAAAAAGAAAUAUUAUUUCGUGUAAAAUUUAGAUAUCCUUUUCUUAAUUCAACUGAUAUAGAUUAAACUUAUGCAGUUAUUUUUAAUGCUUUGAAUGCAAUUAAGAAAUAUUAAUAAGAGAAUCUCAAUUUAAGUAAUAAAGAUUAUUUAUUUGAUGAAUAUUUAAUUGAUUUUUUUACAAGUAUAAACACUGGAAAUUUAUGUGAAUUUUAGAGUAAUGAAUUAAAAUAAUAAACUUAAUCAUUUUGCCAUUAAGUUAUGUAAGGUAAUUUAGUUUAAGGAUUCUCAUAAACAUUAAUUUAUAUAUUGAAUUCUGUUGGAGUUCAAUAAUCAGAUACAUAGAAUUUUACUAUUCAACCUGCAUCUACAUUAUUAGAAUUAGAAGGAUCAACAAUUUUAACAGAUAUUAUUGAAAUUAUGAAAGAUUAAUUUUAUAACAAUUUAGUUGAUUCAGCAUAAAGUUUAAUUUUAAAUUAAUAAGUAAUUUAUAGUAUUAAAUAAUUAUAGUUAUUUUGUAUUUUCUAUUUAGUAUUUGAGAUCAUAUUGGUUAUUUUUUACUUUACAAAAAUUGACAAAUACAACUAUUAACAAUUUUUAUACUUAAAAUAAAGUGUAUAUUUAUUUCCUCGUCAUACAUUAAUUUUUGAUGAUUCCUUCUAUAGGAAUUUUAGAAGUAUAGUUAAUGAAGAAAAUUUAUUAGAUUGA